CUUUGAUUAUUUAAUGACCAAUACUGAUCAAAGACAACCUCAACUGCUUCAACAUUAUUCCAAUCUGUCAUCUCUUGUCUUCACAUGUUUCUAAUUAUAACCUCUUCUCUUCCUUUCUCCAUCCUCCAAAAAUUCCACUAAUCCAUUUCUCAUUCUUGUCUAAUCCAUCAUGGUUGUUAAGAAAGUUGAGAUCCACGUGGAUAUAAACUGUGGGAAAUGCAAUAGCGCAAUCCUGGAAGCAGUCACGGAGAUAGAAGGAGUGAAUCAUGUAUCAUUAGAUGAUGAUAAGAGCAUACUUACGGUGGUGGGGACAAUGGAUCCGGUCUGCGUUGCGAAGCGGCUGAAGAAGAUAAAACAGAAACCUGUAAUCAUCAGCGUUGGACCACCACCAAAACCUCCUGAGCCGCCAAAGCCGCCUGAGACACCAAAGCCUCCAGCCGCACCUGAACCACCAAAGCCUCCUGUAUGCAAAUGCAAGCCUAUGCAUCCUUACUGUGCCAGUUGCGACGUUGUCUCUGUUACUACUUAUGAAAGUGGAAGCGGCUGCACCAUUGUUUGAGUCUUGUAUUUUCUUACCUUAUAUCAUAUAUAUAGCCCUCAUGUCAAGUCCUGCAUCCUAUAUAUUAGCCAAGACUAGUUUCCUAAUGUUUGCUUUUCUUAUUUAUCAGAUAUGAUAUGGAUCUUAAUUUGUUGUUUCUCCCUCCCCUGUUUUGAAUUAGUA